UUUUCUUUGUGAGGGUCAGUUGUGGUUUCUUUUCAAAGGGUUUUAUGUCUUCUUCUUCUUCUUCUUCCUUAUUUCUAUUCCAGAAGAGAGAGAGAUUUAAGAGAAAGUGAAGGACGAUCGCCAAAUCAUCUCAUUCUUAAACCUUUAGGAUUUUUGUAAAAUAAAAAAGAAAAAGAAGAAAAAUUAAUUCAUUUUGUAUAGAGCAUUUACGCAAAAUUGUCUUUAGUCAGAUUCGAUUAAUUUUUUCUUUAUUUUUACUGGGUAAAGUAGCGUAAAUUUUUUUAUCAGUUUGCGUGAUCUAUAAUUAACUUCGGGUGCGCUAGAUUGUGAUCCAGACAUCGUUCUUCUUGGGUGAUUCGGUUGUUUUGUUAUGCAUAAUUGAGAGAUGGUGGUCAAGAGGAAGUUAAGUGUUAGCUCUAAUGUCUUUGAUUUCUCAAGUAUUCCCAAGGCUCCUCGUUCCAGCAGGAGGAAGGUCACAAGUAAGUUAGCUGUUGAUGAUGAUGGCAGUAAGAUCUGUGCGAUUGAUUUGCUAGCUUCUCUUGCUGGCAAGUUGCUUGAAGAAAGCGAAAGUUCUUCAACGUCUACCUAUGCAUCUGAACGGGAUAAUCGUCAUCAUUUGGGUGGAGGGAUUAAGCAGGAACUUGAACAUGUCUAUAAUAAGCCUUGUAAAUCUGAGUUCUCUGAUCAUGGAAACCCCGCCUCUAAGUCGAGUAGCGAAAAUACCAGUGCAAUGUGUUUGCAACUUUCUUCUUUGGAAUAUGAUGGCAUUUCGGAGCAAGCACCGGUUUCUGAUUGUAAGAAGGCUUGUGGUUUGAAGUCCCUCGUAGGCUCUGAGGAGACGGGUGUUGUUAAUGAGGAUGCCGGGUUUCAACAAGGAGAGGCAACCGGUGGUUUCACUGCUGAUGCUUUUAGCUUGAAGGAUCCGAGUCAUUUACAUUCGCAGUCUCCAGAAUCGGUCUUUCUGGAUGGCGAUGUCAAGUUGGCACCAUGCACAGAUCGUGUCCCUGAUGAUUCUUUUGAAGGAUAUGUGAAUCACUCUAAGUUAGUUUGCAGAGAUAAUGACGAAAACUAUUGUAAGUAUUACAAAUUUAGUGACAAAUGUAAGUCAUAUAGGCCUCCCUCUCGGGUUGGAAAUCGAAGAGUAAAGAAGUCGGUAAUGACAAAAUACGGGAGAGGACUCUCUAAGUUGAAGUGUUCUGAAGACACUAGAACAGAUGGUCAUUUGAAGGCUCUGUACCGCAAGAGAAAACCAUCCUAUGGUCACAACCCAUGGAAGCGUGAGACUGUUCACAGGAAAAGAAGACUGUCUGACAAAGGUUUGGUCGUAAAUUAUGAUGGAGGACUCAGCAGUGAAAGUGUUUCUAAUUCACCUCAGAAGGGAGAAUCAGAAGAUGGUGUUCUCUCUACCGAAAUCGGUCUUCAUUUAAAGGACUCCCCUGUGAAGUUCAGCAUCAAGUCGCUUAGGAUUCCAGAGCUUGUUAUUGAAGUUCCAGAGACAGCGACUGUAGGCUUACUGAAGAGGACGGUGAAGGAGGCUGUUACUGCUUUACUCGGUGGUGGAAUACGUAUUGGGGUGUUGGUCCAAGGGAAGAAGGUUAGAGAUGACAACAACACUCUAUCACAGACUGGUCUUUCGUGUAGAGAAAAUCUAGGCAACCUUGGCUUCACCUUGGAGCCUGGUCCCGAAAUACUGCCUGUACCUCUUUGCUCUGAAACCCCUGUUGUUUCUAUGCCAACUGAUUCUACCAAUUUUUCAGAAAGGCCCGCAGCUUCUCCCGUGUUGGAUGCUAUAAUUCCUGUCCCUCUCCAAGAUGCAGAUCUCCUGAUUAAUUCGGGAAAAAGUAUGGAGAAUAACCUUGAAAUAGUCCCAUAUCAGAGUGACAUAUCAGCUGAUGAACAACGUUCACCAGAUUCAAGAGCGUUGGUUCCAGUUUCAGCCUUGGAGUCGGGGGCUCUAGCAAUUGUUCCAGUUAACGAGAAACCUAAGCGUACAGAGCUUUCACAGCGAAGAACCAGGAGACCAUUCUCUGUUACAGAGGUAGAAGCUCUAGUAGAAGCAGUUGAAGAAGUUGGGACUGGAAGAUGGCGUGAUGUGAAAGUGCGUUCUUUCGAGGAUGCAAGUUACCGAACCUACGUGGACUUGAAGGACAAAUGGAAAACGUUGGUUCAUACAGCAAGUAUCUCACCACAGCAACGAAGAGGAGAACCAGUGCCUCAAGAACUGCUAGACAGAGUCUUAGCAGCACAUAGGCAUUGGUCACAGCACCAAAUGAAACAGAACGGGAAACAUCAGGUGGAUACAACAAUGGUGGUUCGAUCAGGUUCCUCCAUGUAAAGAAGGAGAAAGAUAAUGACAAUAACUUUCACUUGACGACGAAGGAGCCAACGUGGGCAACUGUACAAAGGCAAGCAACAAAAGUACAGAAGAAUGCUUAUUAAUUUCAGACAAGAAGACUAUUAUUUUUAGCUAAAACAAGACGUUCCUUAAGACUUUUGGUUACUUUUAUGGUACAUCUGUUCAUUCCAAAUUUCUAAUUGAUUUGAUUUUGUAAUAUGGUGGUAUUGGUUGGUGUCCAUGGAAAAAAGGGGACAUGUAAUUUUAGACAUUCUUUUAAUUUUAUUGGUUCAUCAUUCAAUC